AUGGAAUCUACCAACCAUAAUAAUCUCCUUCAUCAUCAUCAUCUUCUUCAAGACCAACAAAAACCACAUGAUAAUAAUAAUGUUGAGGCUUGUUCUUCAUCUUGCUAUGGUGUUGGAAGCAGCCAUUCUUGGAGCUCACCAAAUACAACUAUGGAUGGUGAUGAUAACUUGAAGAUCCAAGAUUAUUUAGGUUACAAUAAUAAUGAAGAGAACAAAGAUAUGAUGAUGAGUAAUGGGAGGCUCUUAAUGAAGAACCUUUCUCAAGAAGAGCAAUAUUACUCCACUUCUUCCACUAAUGCACAAAGUCAUUAUCAUAAUUAUAUUGGUGGUAAUAAUAAUAAUAAUAAUAAUAAUAUUAAUAAGGCCUAUAUUAGUAUAUAUCCAACCAUAAAUGUCUCAAAUUUGAACCACCCAUCAGCAGAAAUUUCUUCAAGCAUAAUGCAUCAUCAUCAGCCCUUAGAUCUGUUAACCUCAACAACAACAUCAUCAUCUUCAAAGGAUCAUCAUCAUCAUCAUGGUCUUAAUGGUCAAUUAUUUACAGAAAACCUUUUCCAUAAUAUUAUUGGUCUUGAUGAUCAUCAUAUGCAGCACUCCACUACUAGUAUU